GAUGACGUAUUUUUGACGCUAUGGCGGCUCACGCGAGCGAGCUGGAGAUUGCGAAGAAGAAUUUAACGAAUGCCAUCGGCGACAACGUGAAGCAUUAUUGGGCUAACCUAAAGCUGUGGUUCAAACAGAAGAUUAGCAAAGAAGAGUUUGACGUCGAGGCACGUCGCCUGUUGCCUCAGGAGAAUGUCCACUUUCACAACGACUUCCUGCUGGCCAUCCUCACACGAUGUCAGAUUAUUGUUUCUACACCAGAGGGCCCAGGUUCCUUGCAGUGGCAAAGCUGUGCCUCAAAGUCUGACAAGUCAAAAGGAAAGAAGAAGUGUUCCUCCAGGCAGAAAUUUGAUCACCGCUUCCAGCCACAGAACCCUCUGUUCGGAGCGCAGCCGUUCAGCCCGCGGGAGGCGGGCGGCGAGGAGGAGGAGCUGCGGCUGAGCGCCCACACGCUGCUGCUGCCGACCCGGGGCCAGCUGGAGGCCCGCAUGAUGGUCACCGCCUUCGAGAUGGGGCUGGACAACGUCACAGAAGACGCCAUCAGCACCGUGGUCUGUGCUGUGGAGCACCACUUGAAAGACGUCCUGACCGCCGUAAUCACUCGGAGGAAGGCGUACCGGCUACGCGACGGACACUUCCCUUACGCCUUCGGCACCGACGUCACGCCUCGGCCUUAUCUCAAGAACAGCCUGUCUGCGUACCACGGCAUCAGCGAAUGUCCUCCUCCAAGCGCAUCUCUUGCUGCGUGCCCGCCGCCUCAGGUGUCGCCCGACGACGCCGAGCAAAAAGCCAUCCACUUGCUCGCCUGCUCCUCUGACACGCUACCUGCACCGCUUCCUCCAAUCAGCAUGUUUGACCUCCUGGAAGCGCUAAAGGUUCAUCGCGGCGUGAUGCCCUCCCACACCAUGUACGCCCUCAACAUGGAGCGCAUCCUGGUCCAGCUCUGGCACCCCAGCCACGAGGAACUGGAGCAGGACCGCAUACACAGGCAGAGGCUGGCCGGUAAGGAGGGCAUGCCGGUCAGCUGAGAGGCUCGCUCUGACUCUCUUUUCACCAGACUGUAGGACCGAGCUCGUCUCUGGAAACCAGUCCAUCUCCAGAACAGCCACAUGGGGGGGGUGUUUUCCAGGAAGUGAAAGGCUUGGAUAAAACCUGUGGCUUACAGAAGAUGGAGCAAGAGGAAAACCAGGAAGCUGGAACGCUGUUGUUGUCUGUAUGAUGUAAAACCUUUACCUGUCCAACUUUUAAUUACUUGUUGCACAAUAGGAAACAAUUGGUUGUAAUUUAGUCCGUUUUAAACUGUAGGAGCGAAUGAAGCACAACAGUCUAGUUCUGGAUAAAACAAAGUCUUACCAAGUGUUUUUGGUCUAGUUUCUAGUGGAAAUAUUGUAGUUUUGUCUUAUUUCAGGUGCACUAACACACACAUAAUGUUUCAGCAUGAAACUGGAGCUUGUUUUAAGUCAAUAAUGAGAAAAACUUACUAUUUUCACAGGCAGAUUAUUUCACUUAUAACAUGGGAAAAAGGUAUCGUUAUAAAUAAAAUAACCUGCCAGUGGAAC